AUGUCUCUUCGACUUGGAUCUCAACCACUAUCCAAGUGGUCAGCUACCUCCCUAUUGUACCUCCUGUUAGUCUCAUUAUCCCAAAGCAUAUUAGUGAACAGUCAAUAUAUCCCACCUCAGGCUUUAUCUUAUAGACGAUCGUAUGUAAAUAGUACCUUGGCAGGAAGAGGUGAUGAGUCAAAUGACAAAACCAAAGAUAACUCGGAUGCACAAUCGCAAUCUAAAGAAUUAUGGUUAAUGUCCCACGAAGAUUUCUGUGUAUAUGGUUUAUCAGAGGAGAAUAGAGGUAAGAUGUUGAGUGAAUCGGUUGAUAACGUGAUCAGUUAUUGUUCAAAGUCCGGUCAUGGUACGAGAUUGAUACCUGACGGUACGUUAAAGGGAGUUACCUACGUCAGAACACCAUCAUGGGUUCAAGUGAGCGGAUCAGGCGAUUUUAGCCAGAUUGGAAUUUCCCCCGAUGACUCCGGAGCUCAAUUCGAUUCGUCUUCGCAUAAUCCCCAGGGAUCAAGUUUGAUCACUAGUCAGGGGGGUGAUCCUGCAAAAGACUGGGUGACAAUGAUUUCCGGUCAAACAUUCUGCGUUAGAGCAUGUUUCGGUGAUCCAGCCUUCUGUCCAACACAAUAUGAUUCCCUAGGAUGUUACUUCCUCACCUCGAAUGGAGUAGGAUGGCACGAUGUCUGGCAAGAUUGUGAGGGUGAUGAAGGUGAUCCCCCAGGUCUGAUUGAUGGUCAAACUUACACUCCUGGGAUUGGUCCAGUACCCACACAGUCUAUACCAGCCGUAUCAAACUGUCAACCUGGCUCGUCCAUCCAAAAUGGUCAAACAGCCGCUGCGAGCUCAGGAGGAUCGAAAAACGCAUCAGCAUCGGGCACUGAAGGUGGUAAAGAAGGAUCAACAUCUUGGGUACCCGUUCAAACUUGUCUACCAUGUACUGCCACUGCCGCGUCUGACUCUACGUCUGCGUCAGAUGGUGAGGCGGGUCCAAGUUCCGGAAAGAGUGACGGAUCUUCAUCAGCUGCCUCUUCAUCUGGUAAUCCAUUCGCAUCUGAAGAAUUUAGUGCAUCAGGCUCGGCAGCACCUUCCAGCUCCACGUCUUCGCCUGCAUCAGGAUCAGGCGAAAGUGAAUCGUCGGCAGCGGAGGGUAGUACAGAGCAAGUUGGCGUAACGAAGUUAUCUGCUUCCACUGCCACUUCUGCCUCUGGUUCCGUUUCCGGUGCAGCAGCGAUCACUCCCGCCCCAUCACCGGCAGGAGAUCUGAGUGCUCGUGGGUUGAAUCAAUGGUGGUAUCUCAAACGAGGUGAAGGUGAAGGAGAGACUAUCACUUCAGGUGAUCAAUGUUGUUUUACCACCUGGACACCGUCCAUCGUAGGAGGUGCUGGAGGAGCGAAAGCUACGAGUCCAUCAUCAGCGAGUAGUAAAGGUAAAGGAUCGAACUCGACUGGAACUGCAAGUGGAAAAAGUACCAGUAACGGUGCUAAGACCGGUACGGCUGCACCAUCAGUCACAAGUGGUACUGGAACUGGAAAGAAUGGUACGACUGGGGUGAAUGGGACUAAUGCAAAUGGAACGAAUUCGUCAGAAAGUUACGCUUUGCCAUUACAACUGAACCUGAUCAAUGGAGGGUUUGAUAAGUUGAUUGGACUUGGAAUAGCAGCUGGAUUAGGGUUGUUAGUAGGUGGUAUAACAUUGGUAUAA